UUUAAUAAUAUUUUAAACUAUCGAAACUACACUUUUAGUGAAGAACAUGUUUUAGGUAUCGUUUAUUUUAUUGAUUAUAAAUAUCACUGUUGCAUUAUUGCCGGGGUGCAUAGAAUUUGGAUGAUGAAAUAUACGUAAUAGGCAGGAGUAGGUCCCUGCCAGACUUCCACCUCAGGUAGUUUGCAUUUCCACAGGUCUCAGUCGCAUUGUCGGGAACGGACCGCGACUAACAAUCUCGCGAGACGGCAGUGUGGCUCCUGUGGCUCCCAUGCUGACGUCACGGAGGUUGGCAGUGAGACACCUGGACACUGACUUCGGGAUGAGCGCUCGGAAGUUUGGCUGUUGCGACGAUGACGUCAACUCCAUGCACAGAUCUAUGUGUUGGGUGUUGCUGGUCGCCCAGGCGUUUGCUUUGUGUCCUGUCCAGGGAAUUACUGGACGGCGGGCUGAGGAACUCAGAUUCACGUGGAGAAGUGUUCGUGUGUUCUACACUUCAAUCGUGAUAUUGGCACUGCUUGUUUCCCUGGGGUUCUCCUUCACGUGGUUUCUCGUUGUCGGGUUCACCUUCCCAGCUUCCGGAGCGCUAAUGUUCUAUGGAACUGGACUUACCUGCUGUGCAUUAUUCCUGAAUCUUGGUACAAAAUGGCCUGAACUGGCACUGCUGUGGCAGAGGACAGAAAAUAGCCAAAUUCGUUACGGGUACCCCACGAACCUGAGCCUCAAGAUCAGAACACUCACAGUUAUCAUACUAACUUUAGCCUUGGUUGAGUACCUGCUAUCGAAUGCCAACAGAAUGUACAUCGCUUCGCAAUGCUCAACUGGAGGUUUCGACUUGGUGCGACGCUACAUAAUGGUGACACACAGACAUGUGUUCGAAGUGGUCGGGUACUCGAGUGGCAUGGCUGUGUUCACAGCGGUUGUCAGUAUAAUUGCAUCCUUCUACUGGAGCUACGCCGAUGUGUUUGUAAUGCUGAUCAGCAUUGCACUGGCGAGCAGGUUCAAACUACUAAACUCCUGCCUGAAGAAGGUGAAGGGAAAGAUGAUGCCAGAAGGAUUCUGGAGAUCAGUACGCGAGGACUAUAAUGAUUUGUCGCACCUGACGUCAUGCGUCGACUCGCGUGUCUCCAGUAUCGUCCUACUCUGUUUCGCCACAAACCUCUUCUACAUUUGCCAGCAACUUCUCAACAGCAUGAACAAUUCCGUUAGCACAAUACAAGCGACUUACUUCUACUUGUCCUUCGGCUACCUGUUACUAAGGACCAUGGCAAUGGCUCUCUCCGCGGCCAGCAUUUACGACGAAAGCCGAGCUGCUAAGGACGUGCUCUAUGCUGUACCCGCACACAACUAUCAAGUAGAGGUUCACAGGUUCCUGGUUCAGGUUUCUACUGAUAAUAUAUCUCUUACUGGGCUCAAUUUCUUUCCCGUGACAAGAACUGUCCUGCUCACGUUGGCUGGAACGAUUGUGACUUAUGAAAUCGUGUUGGUGCAGUUCGGUACAACUUCUGACUCCAGUGCUUCUAACAUGACCGCUUUGUGCCUUGACAUGACCACAGAUCCUUACUUAUGAAGUGAAAUUUUAAUGUAAAUAUAAAUCCUUUUACGACAUUAUAGUGGCAAAGUAUAUUCAGUCAACACAUGAAAAGUAAUUCCGUUGUAAUGUUGGCUAUGCCUUCUCGUGUUGGCCAAUAGUGACCAGAACACGUAAAGGCAAACUUUCAGUUACUUCUAUUAAACUAGUUACACUUGUUUGAAUCAUACUGCUCGUUUAUGUAAAUGUAAAUAUUGCCUUUAAAUUUGUCGUAGUUACGGUCUAAUUGCUUUCAAACUGCUUUCAAAUUCUUCGUCAGGCUUUUUACAGCUUUUAAUAGUUAUAACACAGUAGCAAUAAGAAAAACAGGAAAAUAAACAACCCUUCCUCCGGUGGGAGUGUAACACGAAACAUGUUUACAUUAUCCCACUAUCUGCACCCUUAUUGAUCUGUUACCGUAGAAAUGAUAGUAGGAACUGACAUGCCUUUGUAUACAAAUAGGAUAUCUGCUCUACCCUGAGAACUGUGUACUUGUCCCUGGUAGACAGAGUUUGAUUGAUUGCUCUUGUAAAUAAG